CGGACGUUCGUCUACGGAGUAUUGCCACAGGUGUUCAACCCGCCUCACCGUCCAUUAACCUGCAGAGGUGGCGUGCGCUCUUGCAUAGUUCAAUAAAGGGUACCUAAUAUUUAAUUACAUACUUGCACGACCACACGGGUCCAACUGGACCUCUUGAACCACAGCAAGCUUUAGAUCCACCAAAGGCAGUCCGAUCAGCUAGCCAUGUCUCCUCUGUGGAAGACAACAGCAGCAAUUGCUGUUGCUGCCACUGGAUCCUUGGUCAACGCUGUGUACAUCAACGGGUCCAUCAUAACGCCAUGCGACUCGCUCAUCUACUGCCGCGGUGAGCUGCUCAAGGAGGUGGAACUGGCACAUCCUUUUGCCGACUCCAAGACGUUUGUGGACAUGCCCACGAUCAAGCCGGUGGACGAGGUUAUUGAAGCCUUCAACAAGCUCCAGAAGCCUCUAAGUAACAACACGGAGCUUCAGAACUUCCUCAGCGAGAAUUUUGCCCAAGCUGGUGGUGAACUAGAGGAGGUACCCAACUCAGAAUUAGAGACGGAUCCAGUCUUCUUGAACAAGCUCAACGACACCGUCAUCCGCGAGUUCGUGGAAAAAGUCAUAGACAUAUGGCCCUCCCUCACCCGACGCUACAAAGGUGCCUCCAACUGCGAUGCUUGCGCCGACAGCUUCAUCCCCGUCAACCGCACAUUCGUCGUCGCUGGUGGUCGAUUCCGGGAGCCUUACUAUUGGGACUCAUACUGGAUCCUCGAGGGUCUGUUGAGGACCGGUGGUGCUUUCACCAACAUCUCCAAGAACACGGUGGAGAACUUUUUGGAUUUUGUAGAAACCAUUGGGUUUGUGCCUAAUGGUGCCAGGAUCUACUACAAGAACCGCUCCCAACCCCCUUUGCUGUCGCAGAUGGUUCGAAUCUAUGUUGAGCAUACGAACGACACUUCCAUUCUGGACCGUGCUGUCCCGCUCCUCAUCAAAGAGCAUGAAUUUUUUGUCAACAACCGCUCCAUUGACGUCGAAGCCGCCAAUGGCAAGACAUAUAAGCUGCAAAGAUACGCGGUGACAAACACACAGCCCCGGCCCGAGUCUUACCGAGAGGAUUAUAUCACAGCCAGCAAUAGGUCUUACUACUCACAAUCGGGCAUAAUCUACCCAGAGUCUCGCCAGCUUAACGAGUCUGAGAAGGCUGUUCUCUACUCUUAUCUCGCCAGUGGCGCCGAGUCCGGUUGGGACUACACCUCGAGAUGGCUGUCGACACCCAACGAUGCUGUUCGCGACAAUUACUUUCCUCUCCGGUCUCUCAACACCAACAACAUUGUGCCCGUUGACCUCAACUCGAUUCUAUACGCCAACGAGGUCGCAAUCGCAGAGUUCUUGAACAGCACCGGAAACAGCACUGGAGCUUCGGAGUGGAUGGAUCUCGCUAAGCAGCGCAGUGAAGCCAUGUACGCGCUGAUGUGGAACGAGACGCUAUGGAGUUACUUUGACUACAACAUGACCUCCAAGGCACAGAACAGGUUCAUCCCUGUGGACGCGGACGCCGUAUCGCUCGAAACAGCCGAUGCCCCAGACGGUCAGCAGGUGUUUUUCCACGUGGCUCAGUACUAUCCGUUCUGGACGGGCGCGGCACCCCGAAGUCUCAAGAACAACCCGCUGGCGGUCCUCAGGGCUUACGAGCGUAUCGAUGCAUACCUCAAACUCAAGAGCGGCGCCAUACCGGCUACCAAUCUCAAGACGGGCCAGCAGUGGGACGAGCCCAACGUGUGGCCGCCGUUGAUGCACAUCUUGAUGGAGGGCCUGACCAAGGUCCCCGCAACCUUUGGCGAGGACGACGUGGCAUGGACUGAGGUCCAGGAGCUCGCACUCAGGCUGGGCCAGAGGUACCUUGACUCGACAUUCUGCACCUGGUACGCCACUGGUGGGUCGACGAGCGAGACACCGCAGCUGCAGGGACUCACGGCUGAGGACACUGGAAUCAUGUUUGAGAAGUACGGCGACAACUCAACCAACGUAGCCGGUUCAGGAGGCGAAUACGAAGUGGUCGAAGGCUUCGGGUGGACCAACGGAGUGCUCGUGUGGGUUGCCGACACGUUCGGCACCAAGCUGACGAGGCCAAACUGCGGCAACAUCACGGCGGCCAAUGUGCACUCGAGCGGCUCCCAGACGAGAAAGAGGGGUGAGAUGUGGAGCGCCCUUGAGAUGCACCCGUACGACGCGGCGUGGACCAAGGAGUUUGGGGCCAGGAAGGUCAGGAGGGACAAGGCUUCGGCGAGGGCCUUGGGGAACGCCAUGGGUCGUGUGUAAAUGGGGGGUUUGACGUUUAGUGAGGGAGCAAGCGAGCAUCGUAUAUUUUUGAUAUUAGCAUCGCGGAUGAUAAUGAUUAUGAUGGUAAUUGCUAGCUUUAGCUGUCAAUUUGACAUGAACACUUAUGAAGUUGC